CAAUGUUUGUUUUAACCUCCAUUCUGAACUUAAUUCGUGCCGAAAAUAUGAAUUAAAUCAGUAAUAAUUGUCAGUUUGUUAAGUGCUCUUCCAGUCUCCUAUUGAAAAUAUUGGAAUGAUUCCCAAGAUACUAAUUGUAAUCUCGUUAUUGAGUGCAUCCAGAGCUCAGUUGGACAUAUACAACAUAUUAUUCGAAAAUGCUUCCGACUUAACACUUCGCGUACAGCAUCAACAUGGCAACAAUUCCAAUCUUUCGUAUGAGAUACUGAGAAACUCGGUGCCCAUUCAUGAGUCCGCAGUGUUCCAGUAUUUCGGGCCGACUGUUGAGGUCAUAAAAAUGACUGAUGGCCUUCUGCUUCAGGGUGACGAUUCGACCAUUCAAUUCAGUAUUAUGGAAGACACAGACUCGUUUGCUAUGGUGUCAGUUGAACGGAAGUCGAUCGGUUCCGCUUUACUACGAGAUUGUGUGCAGUUAAAGUCAACUGAAAUGAGCUGGUAUGGUGGUCCUGAGCAAGUCUAUCAAUAUUAUCCCGUUGAGAAACUAUCGUUUAAAGAGUACUCGUACGUAACAAAAGCAGCUGAUAACUGUGCCAUCGCCGAACGAUACUGGCUCAAUUCACGUGGACUUUUCAUUUACAUAGACAAGGAGACGCCACUGUUUUUGAAUCAAACGCCUCAUAGUACGUUGUGUUUGUACGGACAAAAGUUUUCCCCAUACUACACACGCAAUGGGAACAGUUUCUCAUUCAAUUACAAAAUUGGUAUUGCAUCUGACGCCAGACAGGCACACUUAAAGGCGGUCGAAUAUUUCCUGAAGAAACCUUCCGGCUAUCCUGACCAGAAAAUGACAACAUACCCGAUUUUCUCAACAUGGGCACAAUAUGGUCGCACUAUUAACGAAACAGUUGUACUUUCGUAUGCCGACGCGAUAAAUGAAUACGCAUUCAAUAACAGCCAGAUGGACAUUGACGACAUGUGGGAAUCUUGUUACGGGUCGUUGGAAUUCGACACAAAGAAGUUUCCAAACAUUGCCGAUCUUACCAGCACUUUGAAAACAAAGGGUUUUAGAAUUACGUUAUGGGUUCAUCCGUUCAUUAAUAAGGGCUGUGAGCCGAUCUAUUCCGAAGCAUUGAGUAAGGGCUACUUAGUGUUAGAUCACAACAAUAGCCCCGAUGUUUAUUGGUGGAACACUGAACCAAAUUCUCAAUCGGCCCAUAUCGAUUUUACGAAGGCAGAAGCUGCACAAUGGUAUACCGACCGACUCAGAACGUUGCAAAGUACUUCGGGUAUCGAUAGUUUCAAAUUCGAUGCAGGUGAAGGAAGUUGGGUUCCCAGAGAUCCAGUGUUGAGUGCCGAUCCCAACACCCAACCCAAUGCUGCUACUGUGGCCUACAUUCGUACAGUGGUUGCGUUCGGAAGUAUGAUUGAAGUUAGAUCAGCCUUUGGCCAACAAAAUAUUCCUGUGUUUGUACGAAUGCUGGACAAGGACUCAGUAUGGUCUUGGGAAAAUGGUCUGCCCACCUUAGUGACAACACUGCUACAGUUCAAUUUGGCCGGAUAUCCGUUCGUUCUACCUGAUAUGAUCGGUGGAAAUGGUUACGAGGGCCGACCUAGUAAGGAACUGUACAUUCGAUGGCUUCAAGCUACAGUCUUUAUGCCAGCUCUGCAAUUUUCUUUCGUACCGUGGGAUUAUGACGAUGAAACGGUCGUCUUAAGCAAGAAAUUUACUGCACUUCACACACAGUACGCCGACAAAAUCAUUGAACGAUUCAAACUGACUGUAAAGUCUGGUGAUCCAGUUAAUCCACCGAUAUGGUGGACGUCGCCGAAUGACAGAACCGCCCAACAGAUUAACGAUCAAUUUCUGCUCGGUGAUGACAUUCUUGUAGCACCCGUUUUAAGCGAAGGAAAGACUGUCAGAAAUAUUUAUUUGCCAGAAGGAAUAUGGAUUGAUCAGAACGAUGGUAGUGUCUAUGAAGGUCCUAUGUGGUUGAAUGACUACCACGCUCCACUGAAUGUUCUACCUUAUUUUGUACGAAACAGCUCAACAAUGUGUGCGGCUUUAAAAAGGAUAUGGAAUUUGCUUCUUGGCCUUAGUAUUUUACUGUAGCAAUUGACUGGAAAUUACAACAUUAAAUUCAACCAUCAAAA